CGCAUUGUGGCAUUCUCAGUUGACGAACAACCCUUGUGCAAAACGGAUAGACAACGACAUGCUUGUCGUGACAGGAGCACUGUAAACGUGUGUAUAAAAGUAAAAGUGUAUUGAUUUGAAUAAAAUUUAAAGAAGAAAUUACUUUGGAAUAGAAAAGAAGAAAACUUGACAGGACGAUAUCGGUGCAUACAUAAAAGAAAAAAUCGAAAAUAAGAAACAUCAACAAGUGCGGUGAAUUUGCGCGCUUAGUCAGUGUUACUGUAACAAUACAUACAUACAUAUCUGAAAAUCCUGCGGUUAAUUUGGAAAAUUGAAUUUAAAUACAUAUUAACACAAUAUUUCAUUUAAUUAUGUGCAUAUAAUAUAAACUUUAGUUGAUGCGGUGUAAUAAAUGGCUUUUUAGCUAAAAUUCACAAAGAAUUCAAAACUGACUAUUUUGUGCAUUAUUUUUGCUGACUUUAAAAGAAAUUGCCUAUUGAGCACUUUUCAAACUGUCUCUUACUAAAAAUAUUUAUUUGUUUUUAUAAUUUUAAACAUUCCCGAGUCAGCGAAUUUAACACAACAGUAAUUACAAAACAAAUUUUUUUUUCUUAACAAUAAACCGCUGAAAUAUGUCUUUCGAUAUACCGUUUGGGGAUCAAAUGCGCAUAGCUUUGAGCUAUGUGAAAUUCAAGACAAAUCAGAAGCGCAUGCGCACUAAUGAAAAAAUCAUCACUGACACAAUUUAUGGCAAAGUGAAAGGUGUAAAAUGGCAUUCCAUAUAUGGUGGCUCCUAUUACAGUUUCGAGGGUAUACCAUUUGCUAAGCCACCAAUUGGACGGCUGCGAUUCAGAGCACCAGAAGAGCCGGAGCCCUGGACGGAAGUGCGUCGCUGUACACGUGAACACCCCAAACCAUGUCAACAUAAUAUAAUCUUGAAGCAAGUACAGGGUCGGGAAGAUUGUCUUUAUUUGAAUGUUUUCACAAAAACGCUUCAUCCCUCCAAACCGAUGCCGGUAUUGGUUUGGAUUUAUGGUGGUGGUUUCCAAAUGGGCGAGGCUUCACGUGACUUAUACAGUCCCGAUUAUUUUAUGAUGGAAAAUGUUGUGAUUAUAACUAUUAACUACCGUUUGGGACCUUUGGGAUUCCUCACGCUCGAAGAUCCUGAGUUAGAUGUACCUGGUAACGCUGGUUUAAAAGACCAAGUGUUGGGGUUACGUUGGGUUAAGCGAAAUUGCCACUUCUUCGGUGGUGAUCCCGACAAUAUAACAGUGUUCGGUGAAAGUGCAGGCGCUGCCUCUACACACUACAUGAUGUUGACCGAACAAACACGCCACCUCUUUCACAAAUGCGUUCUAUUAUCCGGCACCGCGUUGGCACCUUGGGCCAACAUACCACAACACAAUUGGGCUUACCGAUUGGCUAAGGCUACUGGUUAUCGUGGAGAAAAUGUAGAUAAACUUGUCCUGGAACACUUGCAACAUUGCAAAGCGAGCAAUAUGAUGAAGGUAUGCCAAGAUCUGCUCACCACCGAGGAGCGCCAUCAAAGAAUGAUGUUCAGUUUCGGACCAACAGUCGAACCGUAUGUGAGCAAACAUUGUGUUAUACCAAUGGCUCCACUGGAAAUGAUGCGAAACGCCUGGGGCAAUGAGAUACCAUUGCUUAUUGGCGGUAAUAGUUCGGAAGGUUUGCUAAUAUUUACUGAAGCGCGUAAAUAUCCUGAGUUAAUGAAUAAAUUGCACGAGGAUGCCACUUAUUUGGUGCCAGAUGAUGCGAAAGUGCAUGCUGAUAAGCGUAAGGAGUUUGGUGAAAUGCUUAAGAGGCAGUAUUUCGGUGACAGUGUACCGAGUUGGCAGACUGUGUUGCAAUAUGCCGAUCUAUUCAGUUACAAAUAUUUUUGGCAUGGCAUUCAACGAACACUACACUCACGCCUGCACAACGCCAGCGCACCCACUUACCUCUAUCGCUUCGAUUUUGAUUCGAAGCACUUCAAUUUUAUGCGCAUCAUUACCUGUGGCCGCAACAUACGCGGCACCUGUCAUGGCGACGAUCUUUCCUACUUAUUCUACAAUGGCGGCGCCAAGAAACUAAAACAGCGAAGUGCCGAAUUUCGCACCAUACGCCGGUUGACCACAAUGUUAGUACGUUUUGCCGAAUGCGGUAAUCCCAAUAUACCAAUGAGUGAAGGACAUGACCACAGCUACCAUUACCAUCAUCACCAUCGGCAACCUGAGCGACCUGAACAAACAGCGCAGCCCAUACAUAGCAAUAAACAAAAUGGCAAUAAUAGUAGCAGCAGCAGCAAUGGUGUGCAAACUGCACAGCAUACAAAGGAUGAGUCAGAUCCUGAGCAUAACCAGCAACUUAGUAGAGAGAGCAGUUUUGCUGAUAGCGUUGUCGAUGGCGUCGAGUUAGCAUUCGAGGUGAAUGCAUCUCCGGCACAGCAGCAGCCGGUAUGGCAGCCCGUUUCAGGCGACUCGGGCACAUACAAAUGUUUGAAUAUCUCCGAUGAAUUGGAGGUGAUAGAUCUGCCCGAAGCAGAAAAAUUGCGCUUGUGGGAUGAACUGUAUAUAGAUAAAACGCUGCUCUAUUGAGUUCGUGCACGAGCACAUGCGUUAGUAAUUGCUCUUUCCAACUUGUUGUGCGGCAUACACAACCGCCCGCGCUUUACAGUUGACUCGACGCACUCAUUGUGUUCGAUGAAUGGUAGGUUGUGAAGAGUUAGUCAGCGAAUGUUGUAGCGCAGUGUGCGGCGUAAUUAAAAGUUGAUAUUUGGUGUUAGACCUUUAAAUGUGAUUCAAAGUGCAUCUUUAGCAUGUGAUAUUGAAGCAUACUAAAAUUGUACAAUCAUUCUUCUUGCACAAAAUAGCAGGCUAUUCUAGUUUUAUAUUUGUAUGUAGUUAUGUAGAAUUUAGAAAGUGAUUAGUUGUAGAAAUGCUGGGGAAACACAUUAUGGAAAAUUAAUUUAAUAAAUAUAUUCAUAUUUUAUACACAA